GGCUGGGCGGGCCCUCCCAGGCUGUCAGCUGUGGCCCGGGGCGCCCGGGCGGCGGUGGUCGCGGCCAUUGGCGGAGAGGCGGGAGGGGCGGGGCCCUCGCGAGCCGCUGUGGGCAAAGCCGUGGGCGCGGAGGCAGGCGGGCGGCCGGCUGGGGAGGCACGGGCCGGGCUGCUGCGUUCCAGCCUGGCGAUGGCAGCGGCUCCCCUGAAAGUGUGCAUCGUGGGCUCGGGGAACUGGGGUUCAGCUGUUGCAAAAAUAAUUGGUAAUAAUGUCAAGAAACUUAAGAAGUUUGCCUCCACAGUCAAGAUGUGGGUCUUUGAAGAAACCGUUAAUGGGAGAAAACUGACAGACAUUAUAAAUAAUGACCAUGAAAAUGUGAAAUAUCUCCCAGGACACAAGCUGCCAGAAAAUGUGAUUGCUGUCCCAAACCUCAGCGAGGCCGUGCAGGAUGCAGACCUGCUGGUGUUUGUCAUUCCCCACCAGUUCAUUCACAGAAUCUGUGAUGAGAUCACCGGGAGAGUGCCCAAGAAAGCCCUGGGAAUCACCCUCAUCAAGGGCAUAGACGAAGGUCCUGAGGGGCUGAAGCUCAUCUCCGACAUCAUCCGGGAGAAGAUGGGCAUUGACGUCAGCGUGCUCAUGGGAGCCAACAUUGCCAGCGAGGUGGCUGCAGAGAAGUUCUGUGAGACCACCAUCGGCAGCAAGAUAAUGGAGAAUGGCCUUCUCUUCAAAGAACUUCUGCAGACUCCGAAUUUUCGAAUUACUGUGGUUGAUGAUGCAGACACCGUCGAACUUUGUGGUGCUCUGAAGAACAUCGUAGCUGUGGGCGCCGGGUUCUGCGAUGGCCUCCACAGCGGAGACAACACCAAAGCUGCCGUCAUCCGCCUGGGGCUCAUGGAGAUGAUCGCUUUCGCCAAGAUCUUCUGCAAGGGCCAGGUGUCCACGGCCACCUUCCUGGAGAGCUGCGGCGUGGCCGACCUGAUCACCACCUGCUACGGAGGCCGGAACCGCAGGGUGGCCGAGGCAUUUGCCAGAACCGGGAAGACCAUUGAAGAAUUGGAGAAAGACAUGCUGAAUGGACAGAAGCUCCAGGGACCUCAGACUUCUGCUGAAGUGUACCGGAUCCUGAAACAGAAGGGGCUGAUCGACAAGUUCCCGUUGUUUACAGCCGUGUAUCAGAUCUGCUACGAAGGCAAACCCGUGCAAGAGAUGUUGUCUUGUCUCCAGAGCCAUCCAGAGCACGUAUAAAGUGGCUCGUGCGGUGUGCUGGGGACCGUGCUGCCUUUCUUGAUCAGUCUUUUUCGUUCAAAUGGAAACUGGGACUUGGCAAUAUGACGUUCGCUUGACCCUAAUCCCAUCGUGAGUGUGUGUAUGAAUUUUUACCGGUUGGUGUUUGAAUUGCCAGAAGCAGUUCGCCGGCUAAGAUGUGUUGGGCAACAACUAGACACCUGUGUGAACGUGCGUGUCUAUGUUCAUCUCUCAUGCCGUGGAUGUUUCUAUGAACCAAAAUUAAAGGUCCUUUUUAAAAAUUACUUUUGAAAAUUUCCCACCGUGGUAGCUUUGCAGAUGGGAACUAUCUCAGCUAAAUUUUUUUACAUUGUAUCCAUAUGCAUUUGAGCGAAGGGAUUUUUUUUUCCUCAUCAUCUUCAUGUUAAGACCGAACCAGCAUUAACGUGGUAGAAUGGAGGAGUGAGCGUGUUCAAAGAUCAACAUACUGUAACUCAAACUCUAGCUCAAAGCCAGCAUAGUUAACUACUUCGAUUGUGGGUUGAUUCUCUUUUGACAAUUAGAUACUUCUAAUGAGGUGAUCCACUUAAUGUAUCUCCCCCUUGCUGCAGUUCUCUGCAUUUUUAGCCCCUUUUCUCUUCCCUGGCUGCCAGAAUGUGCUUCCUUUCAUAAAGGCUUAGCAGUGGCGGAAGGCAGAAAAUGCAUUGGGGAUUUUCCUGCUGUGACUGACCCGUUCUUCUGAUUAAUGACCCUUGUUUGAUGCUUUUUGUUAGGCAGACCUUUGUGCAAACAUUUCCUCUAAGCCUCACAGAUCCACUGAGAGGGGGCUUCUGUUAUUCGUCUUUUGAGUUGCAGUCCCGUGCCCUGGUCACCUGGCGAGUGGGGGCCGAGCUGGGAGUCAAGUCCAGCGUCCCCCCCACCCCAGCAAGGUGCCCAGACCUCAGGCAUCACCGGGCUGGAAGACCUGCAGCUAACUGGUUGUGGCAGAUGCCAUGUGCAGCCUUUGCUGAGAUUCUAGCAGGGCUUUCUGCCGCUGACAUGUGCGUGGGGCAUUGUCUAGAUGCAUGCCACUCAAAGCGCGGUCCUCAUUCCAUCAGCUUCACUUGGAGCCUCUUAGAAAUGCAGGUUCCCAGGCCCCACCCCAGGCACUGAAGCGGGGUAAGGUAUCUAUGCUUCAGUCUGCCUUCCAUGUGUUUCUGAUGCUCACUACAAUUUGAGAACCACUACUUGAGAAAUCCUACCCAGAUCGGCACUUCUCAAACCAUGCUCCACGGGAAGUGAGCGUCCUGGGAUCGCGGGUUGUUCAGGUGUUCCCUGGCAAGGUCAAGUGUGUUUGGGGAAAGCUGCCCGUGCACAUCCCUCUUGAAGGUGGACAAUGCACGUCAGUGUGUCAGCGGAACUUCUCUAACCCGGCAGGUCUCGAACACAUUCUAGACUACGGAGGUGUUUUUGGCAAAGAAACUUGCCGAGUUUUCAAGGGAACGCUGUUCGAGGCUGGGGUGACCUGAGGACAGCUCCAGUGUACCCUUCACUCCCUGCAAAAGUUAGGAUGAAUAGCCACCUACCUGUGGUGGUGUUAGCCCCGAGCUUUUACAGUUCAGGCCUGCCGCGACUGUUGGAUGAAGCUUUAUUUAAGGUGACACUGUCAGUACAACAGGUAGAUGUCAACCUCGCUGAAACGCACAUUAUGUCAAAUAAGUGCUUUUAAUUCUAGAAUUAGAAUGGGAAUCACUGUAUCUUCUCAAAUGAGACUGAUUUCAGGAUAGCAUUAUAGUUACCUUACAUAGCACUUGGUAAGUGUUAAGGGAACGUAUGAAUGUCACUUACAUAUUCAUGGAUUUUCAGUCACUUUGUAGGAUUCUGACUUUUUUUUUUUUUUUCUUUCAGUUUGGGGCUUUUUCCCUUCAAUACCUGAAAUGACCGUAGGAUAGAUUUUUGUGGGAAUUUUAAAAACUCAAUCCAAAGCAUUUUGGGGGGCAUUUUAAAUCCCUGUACACAGAAGUAUAUGAAAGCACACAAAAUCUACAAAUUUUAUUGAUUUUAGUGCCACUGUUAAGUCAAUCAAUUAUUGCUUGUCUCAUGAUUACUCUUUUUUAAAAUUUGUACAUAGGUAACAAAGAGUUACUUUUUAAGAUACGUAAAGGGCUGUAAGCUAAUCGUGGUGUCUAUUAAGUAGGAUAAUUAGAUGUGAGGAGUUAGGAUUUUGUCUUACGUAUAUUCUCAUCUGCAUUCGGCUUCCUAAUCUGGGUUUUGUACUUGAUGGUUUUUUUCUUUACGAAUGUUCUCUCACUGAUCUGAAGUCUGCCGACUGUACCUCUUGAACAUACUUACAAUAUUCUGCACAUUAUGGAAAAAGACAAAUUUUAUAAGUUUGUGCUCUGCUAACUGUAGAUAUUUAUUACUCUACGAGUUAUCUAUUUUUGUAACCACCUGUGGUCCAUCAUUUAUUUUAAUUCUCAUUUCUUACUAAUUAUGGUAAUAGGGAGGGAGACAUCUAGAAGAAAAGCUUAAUUUGUUCAGCCAAUCUGUGAAUGUAAAAACUACACUGUUGCCUUGCUAUAAUCCAGCCUACUAUCAUGUGGAACAAAUAUCUGUCUUGAAAUCCAUCCUAGCAGGUGGAGUUCAGCUAAACUGGUUUAUCAUUCAGCUCGUAACUAAAACCUGGCCCCAUGGCAUCGGCCCGCGGAGGGAUGAGGCGCCCGUGUACAGAGGGAUCUUUCGUUUUUCCACCACUUCUAAUCCGAGAGCCUUUUACUUACGUGCGUACUAUAUCUGUUUACAGACUGUAGGUGGAUAUAAUUUAAAAGCUUGAUUUAAUAAACAUUUAAUGACCCAA